GAUCUUUUGUCGCCGUGAGAGUUCAGGUCACAAGUGAACUAUUCUACUAUUUUGAACUAGGCAUGAUCCAGCCAGGGCAGCUCGACCCGUAUCAGCGCCCACCGGACAAUAUUCGAAAUGUCUACAAGAAGUACCAGAAGAUGAAGCCCAAAGAUCUAGAAAAAGACCCCAAUAUCCUGGACAUUGGAAUAGGGCCAUCAGCGGCUCAGUGGAAUGGCCUCUCUAUCAUAGCAGAGUUUGAGCCCUCGCGAUUGGAGCGUGUUUUCCAAUCCUUUGCCAGCCCCACUCAAGGUCACACAUAUUUUGAUGCAUCUGUCCCAAUAUACGAGCACAAGGACAUACCAGGUCUUCAAAUCAUUCCUUCUCUUCUCCCCCCCGAAGUACAGGUCAUGCUUCUCUCUAAGCUCCUCCAUAGAGACCUUUCCAAUCCAGCACAUUUGACGAACAUUCACACGCACUAUAAAAUCACCUAUCCCCCUGAAUCUUCAUUCUUCUCCCACUCUCAAAAAUCCUCCAAUUUUGCCGCUACCCCUCUGGAACCUUCUGUUCAUCGUCCUCUUACGGUUGCACAGCUCUUGACUCGCAAGGUGCGAUGGAUGACUCUUGGUGGGCAAUAUGACUGGACCAAGAAGCGUUAUCCAGACUCAGUGCCCCCCGUAUUCCCCUCCGAUAUUAAGGAACUUCUAGAGGGUAUCUUUACGGAUACUAAGGCAGAGGCUGCAAUAGUGAAUCUCUAUUCGCCAGGCGAUACACUCAGUAUGCACCGCGAUGUUGCAGAGGAAUGUGACAGGGGCCUAAUCAGCCUGAGUCUUGGUUGCGAAGCUGUCUUUGUCGUCGGAGCCACGAGCAAGGAAGGCCAAGAAAGAAUCUUAACACUAAGAUUGCGAUCUGGGAGUGCGGUAUACAUGAGUGGGAAAUCUCGCUUUGCUUGGCAUGGGGUGCCGCAGAUUGUUCCGAAUACCUGUCCACGUUAUCUCCAGGACUGGCCAGCAGAUGAUGCGACUGGACAGUAUGAGGAGUGGAGGGGUUGGAUGAGCGGGAAACGGGUGAAUGUCAAUGUAAGGCAAAUGUGGGAAUCAUAGCGAAGAGCUGCAUACGCUGUACAAUUCCCCAAGGAGACUUUAUACAAGCGUAUAUGUGGCAGGCACAUCCAUACACUAAUACGUGCCCACAAAGCUUAAUUUACCUCAAUCGGGAAUCCUUCCGCCACAAAGACAAGCCUUUUAGUGCUGGAAUCAAUGGCAAACCUUAAAUACCUGGAGGGUUUCCAGAACAGGAAGGUUAAUAGGGACAAUAUAGCUUAAAUAUUGAAGCAUCGCUUGAAGCAGAAGAGACCCAGCUUUGUUUCACAUCGUUCCGGGGAUGAAUCUUUGUAAUGCCUCGCACAUUCCUUGGCAUGGGGUGGAGUCGGGACGUACCUAUCCAUGGCGAUAUACUUCACGAAAGAACUCCUUCCUUAACGUAACCUCCACUCCGAU